GUCAAAAUUUUAUAUUUUUCUAGUUGUUCAAGAAGUUUUUGUAUGAUCUUCGAAUCUUUUUGGUGCUACAUUUUGUUAUUGCUACGAUACACUGAAGGAAUAUCCUGUAUAUUGCUAGAAACUGAGCGAAUGGAAACGCUAGAUUAAUUUAUCACGGAAAAUCUGUCGCACCUGUGAACUGGCCCUUCGAUAUUCUUCAGAAAUCGUCAUCGAACUUUGAACAUCCAAUGUUUGUUAAACUAGAGGCUGUAUGUUUCAGGAGACAUCGAUCUAAAAAACGCCAUGAAGAGAAGAUGGACUCCUAAACAAAAUGGCUGAAACUAAUAAUCGAGAAGAUGUCAGAACCUCCACCGCUUCAGAAAACGGGCUUGUUCUUCCGUGGGGACAGCCACCAGAGCGGCAGACAACCGCUGCUGCAUCUGAUGUCACUCCCGGCGAAUUUGUCCUGAGACAUUUAUUCAAAGACUUCACUGAUCUUGCCGAGAAAAAGAUCGAAACUAUUCUGACCGAACCUUUGGAGAGACCACUGUCAAAGUCUCUUCAAAGAGGUGAAGAUGCUCAAUUUGACCAGCUGCUAAAUUCUCUCAAUAGUGUGGCAGAAUUUAGUCUCCCUUCUCUCUUGAAAACAUUAUUCAAGUGGUAUGAAAAGCAGCAAAUCAAGACUGGUGAGUUGGAAACUGAUGGCCAUAAAGGCAAGGCCAACAUCUCCAAACCAAAGGGUGGCAGUGAAUCUCCAAAGCUCCAGAGCAAGUUUUAUAUCGGUAAAGAUCACCUCACAGAAAGAAGGGAUCUUGCGGUGGACUUCUUGUUUUGUUUAGUUCUUAUUGAGGUCCUAAAACAGUUGCCAGUUCAUCCAGUGGAUGAUGGGUAUGUGCAGUACAUUUUGUCGCUGGCAUUCAGACACUUUAAACAAAGAGACAGCUACUCUGCCUCCCCAACAGCUGCCAAUGGAGAAAUUAUUGCUGCUCUGUAUGCUGAGGUGCUUGGUGUGUUGGCACAAGCCUGCUUUUUGUCUGUCAAGAAGAGAUUUGUGGCUGAGUUUAAGGAGUACCAGAACAAUCCUUCAGUAUUCGUGAAUAUUAUUUAUGGAAUGAAGUAUUUAAGAAUUAAGUUAUAUCCAGUUGAGGAGUUGGAAGAGUCUUUCAAUUUUAUGAGGGAUUGUGCAACAUUGUUUGUGGACUCCAGAGACAAAGAAGUGAAACAUGCUUUUGCCUCUAUGUUUGUGGAGAUCCUUCUUCCUGUGGCAGCAGGUGCCAACAGAGAGCUGAAUGUACCAGCUCUGAAGAGCUUUGUAGACACCAUGUAUCAUCAUACUUUUGAUCUUACCAAGAAAACAAGACACAGUCAGGCUAUCUAUCCACUUGUCACUGUUUUACUCUGUGUCAGUCAAAAAGCUUUCUUCCUCAGUAGCUGGCCAAGCUUCCUUAGCAUGUGUCUGGGAACUCUGAAGCAGAGAGACGUAAAGAUGCAGAAAGUAGCGAUGGAAUGCUUGUACAGAUUGGUCUGGGUCUACAUGAUCAGAAUCAAGGGAGAAAGUAACACAGCAACAGUGAGCCGGCUGCGAAGUAUCACAGAUGUGCUCUUUCCUCGUGGUUCCCGUGGUGUCGUGCCGAGAGAAGCUCCCAUGAACUACUUUGUCAAGAUUAUUCAGUUCAUAGCUCAGGAAAAGCUCGACUUUGCCAUGAAUGACAUAGUCUUUGAUUUGCUGAGUGUUAACAGAACAGGCCGGGCAAUAAGUCCUGAGAGAAUGAACAUUGGUCUUCGUGCAUUUUUUGUCAUUGCUGAUAGUCUUCAAAGAAAGGGCAUAGAGGCGCCAGCAAUGCCGACAUCCACUGCUCCUUUUCCAUCUGGUAGCACUGUCAGAGUGCGAAGAGUAGCCUCUAUGAAAAAUUUGACAGAAAGUCAAGCUAGCAGUAUUGGACUGGCUAACUAUUACCACGGCAUCCGUAAAGCUCUGGAUAGUAUCAUAAGAUCCUUAGAUGCACAGAUUGGCAGGCCUUUGAUGAUGACAAAUCCACAUUGUUCUCACAAGGAGCCUGAAGAUAUUGCCACAGGAGAACGAAAACCAAAGGUUGAUCCAAAAGUUGAGCUGUUCAGGACUUGUAUUGCUGCCAUUCCAAGGUGUAUUCCAGAAGGUAUGACUAAAGUGGACCUAGUAGAUCUUCUUUCACGUCUCACUGUUCACAUGGAUGAAGAAUUGAGAGGGCUGGCCCUGUCUUCUCUUCAAUCCCUCCUGCUUGACUUUGCAGACUGGAGAGAAACUACUAUUUUAGGGUAUAUCAACUUUAUUCUACGUGAGAUCCAAGACAACCUGCCAUCACUGCUGGACAGUGCUAUGCGUAUGUUGUUGCAGCUGCUGGCUCACUGGAAGACUGUAGUCUCUGCUGGUCCAGAGGAUUCUAAGUCUACACAGGAUGCUCAGCUGGAAUUAUCUGCUCACAGUUUGCCAUGUGAUAAAGAAGUUGACCGAAUAACUGUGCUUCAUAAUGUGGAGGGGUUUGCUCUUGUUAUGCUCUGCAGUAUACAUCCUAUCAUACGGAGACUUGCCUUUCUUGUUCUGAAAGAAGUGCGGACACUAAGCAGUUUGAUGGACCUCACCGACAAGGAAAAAUCUGACAAACUAGUGCUCGAUGUAAUAGAUCAAGUUUUUCCAACAGUACUUGAGAAGGUUCUGCAUUCCAUACCUCAGAGUGAGAAGCUCUUCACUGGGCCAAUUGGCAAUGUUGACAUUAUGGUUGUGAAUGAGCGGCUGUCAGGUAACAUGGACAAAGAGACAGGAGAGCAGCUGAAUAUUUCAUUACACAGUUUCUUCUGGUCCUCACUUAUGGCAGGUCUUCUGAACAAGUGGUACCUUCCUGAAUUGAGUCCUUCUGCUCUGCAGUUUUGUUGGCCAAACGUCUUCAGUCGACUUCUCACUGUUUAUUCGCUAAUUGACUCAGGGGCAUCAGGGAUAGAUUCCAUCACCAGUCUGUCUUCUGUUUAUAGCAGAGGACCAAAGAAGACCAUGAACACGAGCCAUGUGUGCCUGUUUAGAAAUUACCUUAUAUUCGCUUGUUGUGCUUAUCCGCGGUCCCUCCCCCUAAGGAGCGACUCGUCGGAGCACGAUGGAGGAACUUCAUCAGAAGGCUCGGAAACGAGAGGUGAUUCCAGGCCUCCAUCUCCAAAUAUGGUGGACAGUUUGUUCAGAUUUGCUGUACCUUUACUGAAAAGUGACUGCUCUGAUAUCAGGGAGGCUGUCAUUGUGGGUCUUGGAAGGACGAGCCCAAGUUCUUUUAGAGAGUUACUUGAAGAACUCCUUUUUCUUCUACGAGAAGCUUUGGACCGUAGGGCAGAGGGUGUUAGACGGAGGAGAAAGCGAGACGUAUUGCGAGCAUAUCUGGUCAGGAUAUUUGAGUUCAAUGCUGAACAUGGUUGUUUCCAGGAUAGCGCAAGUGAGCUGGUGACGGAAGAUGGACUCUGUGCAACGUUUAUUGAUUAUAUCGACGGAACGAGGUUGUACCUCGAAAGUGAAAGUGACAAAGACAUGCCCGCCAUUAUGCAGCUUCGACUUCACUUUGCAAACUUUAUUUACAAAAUGAUCACCUCCGUGCCUGCUUCCCUUCGGAGGAAUCUUCUGCCAGAUGACAUGCGCUGUAACCUGUUUUUCCUGUUUAGCAGUUGGUGUGCCCAUUUUGGAGUCAAAGGCCUCGGACUUGAAAAAACUCCGCUCAUUUCAAGCGCACAAAGCAAUGAUUUGGAGCUGGCUUCUCUUCAUGCCAUGUGUGGCUUGUUACAAUGUGGUCCUGCAUUUGAUCCUAAUGGUCUUUCCACUGGCGGUUAUCUCUACAACUGGUUACAAACUGUGCUGAAUUCUCCGAAAGAGAGGAUCCAUCAGUUGGGACAUGAUACACUGGUUAGCCUGCUUGAGAACAAUGCCAACAUCCCUUCACUCCUUUACUGGGUGAUAGACAAGUGUUACAUGGGUGCCAGGCUGGUGGUCAGCGGUUGCUUCAAGGCACUUGUUUCUGUGUUUACCAAGAGUGAAUAUCCGUGUGAAAUGAUUCCCAUUCUGAAUGUGGUGUUGUUCAAAACUGCUGAUUCUUCACUGGACAUCCGAGAAAAGGCGGCACAACUACUUCAGCUUCUAGAGAGACGUUUCUUCCCGUUUACAACACCGAGCUUGUCAUGUGCAUUCCGCUGCUCCUACUCACAAUGCCAGAGGACAUUAUCUCAAGCGCUGGCCACAGCUCACCCGGAAAUCACCAUCCAUAUGUUUGAAGAGAUGACCGCGCGCUUCGAGAUGACAUCCUCAAUAGGUCAGCGGUGUAUACUGCAAUACAUGCUACCUUGGUUAGCAAAUGUUGAAUUGGUAGACUUGUCCAAUUCCUUUCCCACUCCCCCUGAGUUGAACAUAGAGACGGAAGAAGAAGAAGAAGAAACUGAUGCUAUGUCGCCAGUCAAACUAGAGGGGGAGGGGUGGGGGUCCGUCGAAGCUACUCAGCUGGUACUUAACAAUCUAUUCUACAUCACUGUCAAGUAUGACGAGAUAUUCUCUAAAGAGAUCGAGGAGGCCUGGGGCAGUUUGUGCAGCCGAUGGGAGAAUAAUAUCCAUGAGAUCUUGGGUUAUCUUAUAGCUCUGGCUGGUAUUAUUGGUAGUUCAGAAGUACUUAUUCACGCAAAGAAGCUAGCUGUGUAUGUGGCCCGUGCAAGAAAACAGAAAACUGUCGAGGAACUUAUGGAGGAGCUUAAGCUCACAGAAACAGUGGCCUCACAAUUUGAGCGGUGCGACGAUGCGCCAUUUUUCCGUCCUCUGCAAAAGACGUCAUCUAGUCGGGACUCAGUCAUCGAGGGUUCGACAGGAGAGGAGUCCAGGUCACUGGCGCGAGAAGAGACGACGUCGCAAGCGAAAGUUACUAAAGAAGAAACAAAAACAGACGAUGAACUGUCAAGAAGGACGUCAAGAGACGAGAGAAAGGAGUCGAGAGAAGAAAGACGCGAGGGGAAGGAUGACAAGAAGGAAAAAGGCGAUUCUCUUCCAAGGACUUUGGAGAAUGAUGCACUGGAUUCGGCUGUACCACUGGCGGAGCCCGAAGAGGUUGAUCAGAUUGAAGAGGAAGAUAAACCUGAGGGGGCCUGGGCACAAGAGUGGAUGAUCAUGGCGCACAGGCUUGUUAAUUCUGGUUUGACUCUUUCGUUACCAGUCCCUGAAGGAGAGAAAUUCUUCGCUCCUCUUAUUGACAUUCUGCCGUUUGCACCUUCCGUAGCUUCUCUAUACAGAUGUAACUUUGCUCUCAUGCUGCUUGCGGAGUUAGUUCUUGACCAAGCUUCUGUUGAUUGGGAAGAACAUCUGCCUCUCAUGUUGCAUGUCAUUUUUCUUGCUUUGGAUCACGGCAAGGCCUUGGUUUACGAACACAGCAAGAGAUUGUUGGUCAAUCUCAUUAUAGUUCUGGUGUGUCGGGGCGACCACGUCUCUUUGGCACAAUCGCUCUUCAACUUCAUCACCGUGUCUGAACAAGGUCUUGGUAAACAUGGCCUGUUGAAGUCUUCGUGGACGCUGGAUGUUGGUAAUUUUGUUGGUGUGCCUGGUCCUGGUGCGGGCGCUGGGACUGGUGCGGAGUGCGACAGGCAAGGUGGUUCUUCGGUGCAGAGUAAUGCAGCUAGUGCAGGCACUAGCCUCUCUGAGUCUGCUGCUGGCAGUAGCUCUCUGAAUAUAGCAUUACCUCCGGAGGAAAACAGUGCCAACAGACUUGUGGAACAGAUCCAAGAACUCAUUGAAUUUCUUGCAAACAGUGACUGUAAGCCUCUCUGGGCCUUUGAAGAGAUCACGCCUCGUUCAUACAAAAUCAAAAGCGCCGAACAGCUGGAAUUGUUCGUUGCAUCAGUUGUGCAAAUUUUCCAAGCAUCUGAUUCGGGCAGCAAAGUGCAAGAAGCCAUGGCUAAGGUGGCUCUUCAAUGGGCCACCUCGUGCUCAUCAAGGCACUAUGCUGGCAGGUCCUUCCAAGUGUUCCGUGCUCUGAAGGUUCCUCUCUCCUGGUCCAUGCUCUCUGAUGUCCUCUCCAGGCUGGUAGAGUCUGUUGGUGAUAGCAGUGAAGAUGUUCAGGGCUAUGUCAUGGAGAUCCUUUUGACCCUUGAGACAGCAUCUGAUUGGGCCAUGACAGACCACCCAAACAGAAGUGGUUUGGAGCAGGGGCUUGGGUUCCACUUUGAAGACGAAAAGGAAGAUAGCAUCGAUGAAUACAAUCUUCAUAUAAUAAGUGCAAGCGUCGGUUCAAUCAGUCCGCUGACCAGGAUGAGACAUGGCGGGCACAUACGUUCCCUGAGUAGUGGUUGUGAAUUCAAGAGACAUUCGUCCUUGUUCAGUCAGUUUGGACGCCUCAACGGCAACAGAGAUGACCCUAAUCUCAUCCGAACAAGAAGUGUUAGUGUGCAAUGCCUUAAGACACCGUCAGAGGCCAUCAAUCCACAGAGCCAGGCAGACAUGGUUACACGUGUGUUUUGGAUCGCUGUCUCUUUACUGGAGUCAGAUUAUGAACAUGAAUUCCUAAUGGCUAUUCAUUUACUUAACAAGGUGCUAUCGAUUUUGGACUUAAGUCUUCACGAUUCUCGUGACAAACUCGACAAAGUUCUGCACAGACUCAAGUGGAACGAUUUUCCAGGACUGCAAGCACUGCUGCUGAAGGGUCUAACCAAUGCAGCCACUUCUGAACCUUCUCUUCAUCUGCUGGCCAAACUGACUGUUUUCUCAAACGUGGGUCUCGUGGAUCCGUCCCAAGCUGCUGGUUUUGCCCUUAACAUGUUAGCUUUGUUACCACACAUGUUGGAACAUUUUGAUGAUCCUGAUGAAUUUAGCAAGACAUGUGCUCAAAAUAUAGUACAGGUGUGCGGUAAUUCGGGCAAUCUCGCCCAUUUAGGAAAACUGUUCGAGAUGUACAUAGGGAAAUCUUACCAUAGACCACGAUCCACAUGGCUGGAUGCAGUUUAUAGAUACAUCAACGAUUCCUAUGGACACCUCACUCGGUCUCAUGUCACCUUUCUAUUAGAGGUCCUAGAGCGUGGUCCCCCAGCUUACAAUCAAGUUGUGUUGGGCAUGUUGUGUUCAGUGAUGCGACUAGCGGACUUCUCAUCUCCAUCCAUGAGGCACUUUCAGAAUGAUGCACUCAAGACAAUAGCCAAGUAUCUGAAGGGUAACUUCUGGAAAGAGUCUCUGGACAUUCUUAAGAUGGCAGUUUCCCACUCCUCCCACCUCGAUACACCUCCUCCACGUCCCGCCAGCUCGGUGUGGACGGCAUACGACAGCUCCUGGUCAACGGAGGCCAUGAUGAUCAAAAAAGACCUCCCGGGGAGGACUCUGGACUUCACAUUUGACCUGUCUGCCACACCAGUCAUAGGGAGGCGCAGUACUCCAGAGCCCCAAGUGGACUCUGGUAAGGAGAACAAGCUCAUUUCGCCAGUGGCCACAGUCGAUAUGUCUGUAUGGAGAAAGCCGCAUCUUUCUCAGCGGCGUACACGUGAACGGCUCGUGAACGUGCUGACGACUUGUGGUCACACAGUAGGAUUAAAGCAAAGCCCUUCAGUUGUAUUCAGCUCGAGCAGUGAUCUUGCUGUGGAAAAACAAGGUGCUGGUCAACAGCCGUCGUCUGAGGAGGCAUCUUUAGCGGAAGGUCUGACUAAUGAAACAGCCAAGGACGAACUAGAACCUCAACAAAUAAGCGUUCUGACGAAUUUCGACUUCCUGUACGACGACGAGGCCGAAGACGUUAUGUGGGGCCCUGAUUACGAGGAUCGUCGUUUGUCAUAUUGCAGCAUGGACACAGGAAGUUUGGAUCGAGACUUGAAGUCCAAUUUACAGACGCUAGAGUGUCUAUCGGGUAGUGAGCAGGAUCUCACCCCUCACGACUCCUCUGAUGAUGAGGACGAGUUGAGUCGCUCGAUAGUCAGUAGUACGCUGACCGCAGUAACCGACAACUCGACAGUCAUAGAAGGUUCGUCCGAGUCAUCUUCUAAUGUGACUGUCGUUGUCAUAGACAGCGAUUCCAAGACUCCUGAACCUGGAACACACAGCCGCAGUCCAUCUGUAGAGAGUUCGGAUUCGUUACCUGGCGCUUCAGAAACCAGCUAUUCUUACAAACUGUUUGCUGUGACUGAGAUCACGUGGGACUCGCGUGAAGAGCCUGAGAAGUUGUGGACAUCGCACGUGGGCUCUAUAGUAAAAGACAAUCUAGGAGUGACCGCUGUCAACACUUUCUCCAUGUUCUGUUGCUUGUACAAGAGCACCCGCAGAAAAUUCUACAGUUUAACACGAGAGUGCUGCAAUUAUCUGGUGGAGGACAAGUUUCGAGAUGUGACCCAUCACUUUUCAAACUGUUUAGAGUUCCUAGAGUCGCGAGGAGACUGUCCCUUUGUUUUCAUUGAUACAGAGACCUUGAAUCGAACAAAGUUACUGGAGAGGCAUAAGUUCGCUGUGUUGGAACUGCAUUCGCAUUUUUCUAGCUACAUGCAAAAGAGCGAACGCACGCUAGAGUGUCUUGAUGAUGUGAAACUGGCGGUGAAGCGUUCAUCUGUGGGCUCGCAUCAUGAGGAGCCUGAAACUCGCCUGUCUCCAGACCCGGACAGUCAGGAAGCGAGGCAGGUGCAGCUGUGUCGCUACUUGUACAAGACUCAUUUUCAGUUUUUACUCUUCUGUAGCACAUACGCCCGGCUACUGGAAUCGCUGGUACAGGCUGCGCGACAGGCUGAGGUAAACGAUCUAACUCAGGAGGUAACCGAAAUUCGCCGAGAGGUAUCCUCGGUUCUCGAACACCCUCUGACGGAAGACACCACAUUCGUCAAGAACUACUUGAAUACUGAACCCUUGACAAGAGACUCCGCUGUGCAGGUUCUUGUAGAAAAGCUUUGCAGCAGAGACCUUGAUCGUUCCAUCCAUCUUCUGCGAGCGUUUAGGGAGAAGUUUGGAGGAGAAGUGUUUGGUAUUUCGGACGAGGACAACUUGGACAGUCUGGUGUCAUUCUAUUGCAAACACGUGGCAGAGAAAAAUGUGGGGUCCCUGGUCAUGUCAGGUCCGAUCCAGAACUUUGCAGCGUUGUGCAGAAAUCUAAUGGAAGUGAAUGUUGCCAUUCUUGCUGCCGUUGAGGAUCUGAACAUUUAAUGACACGCGCAAUUCAGAUAAUCCAAUCAACUUUUAGAGUAACCAGUGCUCAAGAUCAACAAGAAAUCCCUCGGGUUUCCUGCGGUGAUGUAACAAGCGACAACCGUUAGGUUAAGGGACCCUUUUUCCCUCGAUUUUUUUUUCUCGAUGAGCUUAAAGAUUUAAAUUCUCGUUUAGUUUUUAAUCCAUACAUAAUAGAGAAGUUAAUUUACGGUUUGGUUUCCUUUACGCUUUGUUAUCUGAUUCGGUUAAGUUUAAAGGAAAUGAUAUACGUUGGAAAAAGUUAUGAAAAAAGUGAUAAAAAACUGAAAAAAACUGGAAAAAAACUGAAAAAAAAAAGAAAAAUUGCUAAUGAUAUAGUUAAGUAGGGUGACUGGAUAUAGUUCAAGAGGCAUUUUUUAAAAUUAAUUUCGUGAAUUUAGCAAACAUACAACCAUUAUGUUUCUGAAGCAAAGGCUAGGUCACUCUGGAGGAAGUUUCAAUGUACUCAUUUUUUUUUUCUCUUUUUUUUUCGAUGACUAUUUUGAUAUUGUGAUUGUAUAUUAAUAGGGCUCGGUCACUGAAGUUAUUUGGGAAGGUCAGGUUUGAAUUAAAUUUUGUUUCCCAGUAGGUUUAGUUGUGUAGUUCGACGUUGAAACAGCUAAUAUCCAUUAAAAGUAGCCAAAAACUUAGUAAGCAGUGAGUUUCUAAAUCGAUGUUGAAUUUGUCUUCCUUAUCUUUAUAAGGUUUGUCUAGAAUUUUUAUCGCGAGAAUCUGGUUUUAAAUUUAUUGUGCACCACUUUCUAGAAUUUGUUCUAAUUUAGCCGUAGCGUUUCUUAAAGGUCAAUUUUUUAGCCUUAAAUAUGGCUGGAAAAUACUCGCUUUUGAUUAGUUCCAAGUAGAAAAUAUAUUUAAAUUAUUUUAAAUUAACAUGGUCUUUAUUUUAUUAGAGCGAGUUUGAGAUCUUUGAGGAAAAUAAAGUGGAGGUAUAAUGAUACAAAAGCUGUAUAGAAAAUUGUGUGUUUAAUCGAAAUAACCUUUAUGAGAAGAAAGUGACUUUGUGAGGUUCGAAUAGUCGCUUUUUCGAAGAAAACACCGAAUCAAGAGACCGUUUUCAAGGCUUGUGACAAAAGUGAACUGUUGUUAAAUCCUUUUGACACUGCCAAACUAAUUUUCGGACUUUUCUAAAAUCUUGCACAUUAAUGGCAGUUAGCUUUUAAAUCUAACUCAAUUUAUGACUUGUACUAUUCCAGAUGUUACGUAAUAAAGUACGUUCCCAAGGCUUCUCAAUGGA